UUCAAAAUGCACAGUAAGAAGCAGGAUCCAGUAAAAUACUACGUUGGAAUUGAUGUUGGGUCAGCAAGUGUUCGUGCGGCUUUGGUAGAUGAAUUUGGGACAGUAGUGGCACAUACAGAGCAGCCAAUUCAAAUCUGGGAGCCCCAAACAGACCACUACGAGCAAUCCUCUGCUGACAUUUGGGCUGCUUGCUGCUCAGUCACAAAGAAAGUUGUCCAUGGAAUAGAUGCCAGCCAGAUUCGAGGGGUUGGUUUUGAUGCUACAUGUUCCCUUGUUGUUGUGGAUAAACAGUUCCAACCUUUGGCAGUCAACUGUGAAGGGCAAAACUAUAGGAAUGUUAUUAUGUGGAUGGACCAUCGUGCAGUCAGUCAAGUUGAGCGCAUCAACGCAACGCAACAUCGGGUUUUGAGCUAUGUGGGGGGAGUGAUGUCUGUGGAAAUGCAGCCACCUAAAUUGCUGUGGCUAAAGGAAAACUUGCAAGAAUCAUGCUGGGAGAAGGCAGGGUGCUUCUUUGAUCUUCCAGAUUUCUUAUCUUGGAAAGCCACAGGUGUCACUGCAAGGUCUCUCUGUACAGUAGUGUGCAAGUGGACAUACACUUCAGAUGGAGGCUGGGAUGACAGUUUCUGGAAAAUGAUUGGUUUGGAAGAUUUGGUGAAAGAUAAAUAUGAAAAAAUAGGAAACCACGUCUUGUCUCCUGGAGAGUCUGUUGGAAAAGGUCUAACGCCAGAAGCUGCAAAAGAUCUUGGUCUCCCUGAAGGGAUUGCAGUAGCAGCAUCUCUCAUUGAUGCACAUGCAGGAGGACUAGGAGUAAUUGGAGCAGAUGUGAAAGGACAUAACCUGCCAUGUGAAAACCAGCCAAUUACAUCCCGGGUUGCUAUGAUCUGUGGAACAUCUUCAUGCCACAUGGGGGUCAGUGAAACACCCAUUUUUGUGCCUGGUGUUUGGGGACCAUAUUUCUCUGCAAUGGUACCUGGAUUGUGGUUGAAUGAGGGAGGUCAAAGUGCUACAGGAAAACUGAUAGAUCACGUGGUCCGAGGCCAUGUCGCUUUCCCGGAGUUAGAAUCAAAAGCUGCAGCCAGUGCUCACAAUAUAUAUACAUGCUUGAACAGUCACCUGGAUCUGAUUAAGAAAUCUUUGCCUGUGGGUUUCCUCACUGUUGAUUUACAUGUUUGGCCAGAUUUCCAUGGUAACAGAUCUCCCUUAACAGAUCUGACACUAAAGGGCAUGGUUGUUGGACUGACAUUGUCUCGGGGUCUGGAUGAACUUGCCCUUAUCUACUUGGCCACAAUUCAAGCCAUUGCUUUAGGAACAAGACAUAUUUUGGAAACUAUGCAGGCUGCAGGGCAUGAUAUCAACACGCUGUUUCUGUGCGGUGGGCUGAGCAAGAACCCUCUCUUUGUGCAGAUGCAUGCUGACAUUACUGGCAAGCCUGUUGUCCUGUCCAAAGAAGUGGAGUCUGUUUUGGUGGGUGCUGCUAUUCUUGGAGCUUGUGCUUCUGGGGAUUUUGCCUCUAUACAGGAGGCCAUGGCGAAAAUGGGGAAAAUUGGGAGAGUCGUGCAGCCUAAUCAUGAGCAUAAAAGCUUUUAUGACAAGAAAUACAAAGUCUUCUUGAAACUUGUGGAACACCAGAGAGAGUAUCGCUCCAUCAUGAACAGCUUCUAACCCAGAGUCACAUAAACUGGGAACAGCAGUGAUAAUGAAUUUAUAGGUACUUGUGAUGAGGGUAAUUUUUUAGGACUGUACUGUCCAUGUUAAAACAUACUUUUGUAAUUUAAAGUGUACAUUUUAAUUUUUAAUGGAAAUAAAAUGCACUCACUUCACUGUG